UAUAAAUUUAAAGAAAAAAAUCGAAAUGAAACAGUUGAUUCCAGAAUAUUUCAGAUACUUAUUAAGAAAUUAAAUAAUUCAUAUAAAGACAGAGAUAUUUUAGCAUCUCAUUUGUAUAAAAAACAGAUGGCAAGAUAGUUUGGGCUAAAAAUGUGUUUGCGGAAAUUGCUUUCUUCUGAUACUAGAUGAUGACUUUGUAGAAACUGAGGCAAUAGUGUCCAAAGCGGAGGGAAGUAUUGAGAAAUGACUAUAAAAGAAAUUCUGUAGAUGCUGAAUGUAAACAGCUGAACAAACGCGCCGGCGAAAGGUGAAUCUAUAAAGCUUUCUGGAAAAAAACGAGAGGAUGCUCGAUUGCGUCCCUUAGUCUAUCGUCGACUAGUGAUUCGCUUUCAUACUUCUCACGCAAAGGGAUUUCCCUCUCGUCAGACUCGAGAUAAAAAUCCUCUCCCGCUUUCAUAGCCGUGGGAACAAAAGGUUAAACAGACAUCGGCCAAAAAGAAAAACCAUAUGUGUCACAUUUUAUUAAUUCCGGUUUCCAAGGCCAAAAUUCGAAGUCGCACCAGCUCCGAUCACCGAGUCUGCCAACGCCGCCAGCCAGGAUGCGCAGAAAGUCGUCCCCCAGGAGGAGCGUGGAUACGUCGUUGCAUAAGGGCCCGCUCAACCCGAAGGAGUCCAGGGAUCGCAUCAACGAGAUGAUCAAGCAUAUCGAGCUCGUCAUAGAAAAACGACUCGCACAGCUGGAGGCCGAAGAGGAAAGUGCCAUCGAAAAGUGCAGAGCCGAGGCUCUAACUUACAGAGAGGGUAAUCUCGUAUCUGGAAAGCUGGAAGCCCUGGUGGAGCAUAUGGUCCCCACGGCGGAUUACUACCCGGACCGGGCGUUCCUCUUCGCCUUCCUCCUUACCUCGCGACUCUUCGUCAAACCUCACGAGCUCCUCGGCCAGAUCGCCGCCAGGUGCCAGGAGGACAUGCUAAACAGCAGCAAGGGCGAUGAGCCUUCUUCCCACCUGGUCCGACUGGUCGCGGAAUGGUCCGAGACGUUUCCGUACGACUUCCGGGACGAGCGAGUCAUGUCGCACGUACGUCAGAUCGCCCACCGUUGCGUCUCGGCCGAAGAAGGCGCCGGCGCCCAGGAGGUACGAGAAGAGGUUUCGCUCAUUCUUCACAAUCUGCUCAACAAACUGACAAGGCUGGAGCAAUACGAGGCCUUCCUGCACAGUAUACGAAAGGACUCGAUAACAUCCAACCCCGAAAUGCUCAGCCAGAUGGAGGUUCAAGAGCUUUGCGGUACAGCUUCCAACCUGGCUCAGCAGCUGACUAACAUCGAGCUGGAACGACUGAGCUACAUCGGACCUGAGGAGUUCGUCCUCGCCUACACCCACAACAGCCUCGGGAUUGACAGCACUUUCAAAGACCCCCGGAUAACAUCCAACCUGGAAGUGUAUCAAGACUGGACCAACAGGCUCUGCCGGCUCGUCGUCACGGACGUAGUUCGGCAGAAGAAAAACAAAAAGCAGAGGGUGCGGGUUUUGGAAUUUUGGGUCGAAACCGCCAAGGCUUGUUUCAACGUGGGGAACUUCAACUCUCUGAUGGCCAUUAUCACCGGCCUUAGCAAGCUGUCGGUCUGCAGGCUGAAAAGAACGUGGGAGAAAAUGGAACUGUUUGAAAAGUACAAAGUUCUCGAGAAGCAGAUGAGCAAGGAAGACGACUACUCCAGCUACAGGUCGCUCCUCCGGGCGGCAUCUGCCAGGUUCAACAAGGACGACCCUAAACUCUCCGUCGUGAUACCCGUCUUCGCAAUCCUGGCCGCCGACCUUUACGCACUCUGCGACCAUUGCCUUAUCAAGUUGUCCAACGGCCAUGUCAAUUUCGAAAACUUCUGGCAACUCGCGAAACGCGUGACGGAGUUCAUCACCUGGAAGCAAGUUCACUGCCCUUUUCCGAAAUCGGCUAAAAUCAUCACGUACCUCCAAGCCACGCCGGUUCUGAGUGAAGAUGCGUCACUCUUGGCCUCGUUUGAAUGCGAACAGCCGGAAACUUCUGAAGAAAAAGAACUACAAAAACGGCUUCUAGCAUAACUACUCUCGAAUGCAUCUGUGAUCAAAGCGAAUUCCUUUUCGGAUUGUAUUUGUACGUGCAACACUGCAACGGCGGAAAGAGAGGUUAAUGAUACCAGUGCUGUGACUAAAUUCGUAUUGUAUUAAAAAAAGAC